GCCGGAGCGCCGUGGCCUGGUCCAACCACGUAGAGCAUAUUCAAAUCCUGCUUCCGGACCAGGUAGUUCAGAUGUGAGUACACCAGGAUCAACCCGGGACAUGUACCCCAGUGCCCUGCGGAAGAAGUAUGAGCUGCUGUUGCUGUUGCUGCUGCUGUGGUUCUGGAACGGAACCGGCGGAACCGGUAUGAGGGUAAACUCACCCAGGAGUCGAGGCUUGAUGUCCUCAUGCUUUAAUCCACGUUUCAGCAGCACGUUAUCCUGAAGGAAGAUCAUCGCUGUAAACACAUUCGGCCAUUAGUUUUAUGUUUGUGUGACAAUGGUGGUGAUGGAUUGGCUGGCUGGCUUACCAGCAGCGAUGUACGCCGCCGCACGACGAUACUUCUGCAAAGCAUUGUAGUCUGAUUCCUCUAGCUUAGUUGUCUGGAG